UUUCCACUUGGAAAGUCUGGGUAGCCGCCCACUCCUCCCUCUGGUUGUGCAGUAGUUUAUGCACAGCUGUUGCCUUUAAGCAGCUCUGUAAAGACUGAACGGGUACAAAAUGGCAUCCCAGCAGCUCUAUCUGAGGUUAAUAGGUCUGGCUAUAUUGGUGACACUGUUGGCACUUAGAGAUGUAGACGGUGACAGCAGCUUGCUCAAGAUCUUAAGGAAAAGAGAUGUGGCAGGAACUAGUACUACCCCAUCAAAGUCCUCUGUUGCUGUCUCUCCAUCCAAGGCUCAAGAGUUCCUGGCAAAGCUGAGCAGAACCAAGAGAAACAUUUGGGAUCGCAGCAGACCAGAUGUACAGCAGUGGAUUAUGCAGUUUAUGUACAUGGGGUUUGACGAGCAGAGGCUGGAGACUGACCUGUCGUACUGGAUGGACCAGGCACGCUCCAGUGACCAAGGGCGUCAGCAUCACUAUGAUGAAAAUUCCCCCAUCGGCCCACGUGACCCUGGUUCUUACAGACACGGAGCGAAUGUCAACUACGACUACUAUUAGCUGCAGUCAUACACAAACACAGGCCAGUGCUUCUGUGAAUGGUCAAAGGGGUUGCAUUCUUCAUAUAAGUCAGUCCCCUGCCUUUUCUUUGAGAGAACAGUCUGUGCUAGUUUGUUAGUCUUACACCUGCCACAUCUCUGUCUUGAUUUUGUUACACCCACCAUUGUAAACCAUAAUCCAUUCUUUCUCUCCAUCCCCACAUUAAAAAUCAACAACUUGGCUCUAGCACUACUGUAAAUAAAGAUGUGACUCUACAGUG